AUGGCGGUGAAGGGCUGCGGCGGGCACAAGGGUUGCCAGUGCGGGUGCGAGCGUAAGCGUCUGUACCGCAAGUGCUGCGCGGCGCUCGUCGCGCUCAUCCUCCUCGUCCUCUUCAUCAUCCUCGUCGUCUGGCUGGUGCUGCGUCCCCACAAACCCAAGUUCUACCUGCAGGACCUGUCGGUGCUGUGCCUCAACGUGACGCCGCCGGCGUCCACGUACCUCUUCACCACCAUGCAGGCGACCGUGGCGGCGCGGAACCCCAACGACCGCGUCGGCGUGUACUACGACCAGGCGGACGCGUACGCCGAGUACAAGGGCGUGGCCAUCACGGUGCCCACGCGCCUCCCCGUGCAGUACCAGGGGCCCAACGACGCGUCCGUGUGGUCCCCGUUCCUCCGCUCCCUCGACAGCGUCCAGCUCCCGCCGCAGCUCGCCGUCGCGCUCGCGCAGGACGAGACUGCGGGCUACGUGCUCAUCGACGUCCGCGUCGACGGGUGGGUCCGGUGGAAGGUCGGCACGUGGAUCUCCGGGCAAUACCACCUCCGCGUCAACUGCCCCGCGCUGCUCACCGUCAACGAGGGCAAGGGCAGCUACGGCGCCAGCACCGGCGGCGGCACCGGCUACUUCCGAUUCCAGCAGGCCGCCGCCUGCGCCGUCGACGUCUAG